AGGCCUGAUCUGGUGUGGAUCACCAUGACGACCACCACGGCGACGGUGACGAUGAUGAUGAUGAUGAUGAUGAUGAUGGUGGUGGUUUGUGUCUCUGCUGCUUCACUCGGUGGCUCCAGACGAGUCGAGACGAACACCACGAGUCCUCAGCGGCUGACGGAGAACCAGGAGAACGUCUCCACCGGACUAAAGUCUCAUCAGGACGCCAAUGAAACUCUGGACGACUCCAUCAGUGUUGUGUUCUUCAGACCUGAGCCUCAUGAGGACGUCAACAAAACUGUGGUCGACGCCACGAGAAUCAAGUCUCAUCAGGACGUCAACGAAACUCUGGUCGACCCCACGAGAGACUCGGCGUCGAACUCGUCGAGGAACGAAACAUCGUUCACGCCGCUCAUGUUUGUUUUUCCGCUGGACGGCCUGGGAACCAGUCAGGACCUCCAAUCCAUUGACUGCCCCCUGCCCACCUGUCUGACGGUGAACCUUGGCUCCACCCUGCAGCGUGGAGAUGAGAAGGCGGGCGACUCCACCAGGGACCCUUUCGGUGUUGGAAAGAAAUGAAACAGAGCAGCUCUUAAACCUCCGUCGUCGUGGCAACGGAUUCUGACGUUCCCACCUGUUGGCUGUUCGUUAUCUCCGCCUGAAACCGAUCGGAUCGACUGAUAGACACCCCACGAAGAAAAAGCACGUCUGAGCCAGAGAGUCACAAACACGAUAAAGAGAAGAUUUACUACAGUUCCCAGAAUGCAUUUCAGCAGGAAGCCUCCCAGAGCUUAAAGGUUCAUCCCAAGUGGAAGCUUUCAUUAACCGCCGAGCUUCUCCUGCUCCCGUCUGAUGAACCCAACACUAACCAAUGGUCACAUGACCACACGGAGUCACGUGACCUCCUGAGUACCCGUCAGGUCUGUGGUUGAUCAUGUGACUGCAGGUUGUUGGAGCUGUUUCUGUUCGUGCACACUUCAAUCAGCCGAAACACAUUUCUCCCGUUACUGUCUUUGUGACUCUGUUCACGUCUUUCUGGUUUUGUGCUCCAUACGGUGGUCGACAACCUGGACUGUGUGACACCAGGUGAACCAUGAGCAACUAUCAGUCUGGUUUCACUGGUUUCUGUCUGUAACAUGAUCCUAAAUGCUGUGAGAACGUUUCACGAUGAAUAAACACUUAAAUAAACCUG